CCCCGCCCCCGCCGCCGGUGCCGCCCUGCUCGGCUCUCUCCGCGCCGCCUUCGGUCGCUACCUUCCUCCCUCCCGUUCUGGUGAGGCUCCGGACCGGUCCGGUCGGUCGGUCGGACGGCCCGGUGGUCAUGGCCGCCUCCGCGGCGCUCCUCCGCGCGGCGCGGCGCCGCGGCGUCGCCUCCGCUCCCGCGUCCGCCGCUUGCGGAUCGCUGACUGGCAAUGGAAAGUUGUCGAGGCCAGGUUCUUAUCUAGGUCUGAGUUGGGCAAGUCUAUGCAGGCCAUUUAGUUCAAAACCUUCUGGGAAUGAUGUGGUAGGUAUCGACUUGGGUACUACCAACUCUUGUGUUGCUGUAAUGGAGGGAAAGAAUCCCAAAGUUAUCGAAAAUGCUGAGGGAUCUCGAACCACUCCGUCUGUGGUUGCAUUUAACCAGAAAGGAGAAUUGCUUGUUGGUACUCCGGCAAAACGACAGGCGGUGACAAACCCAACAAACACAAUUUUUGGCACCAAGCGCUUGAUUGGCAGACGUUUUGAUGAUCCCCAAACCCAGAAAGAGAUGAAGAUGGUUCCUUAUAAGAUAGUACGAGGUCCUAAUGGAGAUGCAUGGGUUGAAGCAAACGGGCAGCAAUAUUCCCCAAGUCAAAUUGGUGCUUUCAUCCUUCAGAAGAUGAGAGAAACUGCCGAGGCUUAUUUGGGAAAGUCAGUUUCAAAAGCUGUUAUUACUGUUCCAGCCUACUUCAAUGAUGCUCAGAGACAGGCAACAAAAGAUGCUGGGAGGAUCGCAGGGCUUGACGUAGAAAGAAUCAUCAACGAGCCCACUGCAGCUGCUCUUUCAUAUGGUAUGAACAAUAAGGAGGGUCUAAUUGCUGUUUUUGAUCUCGGGGGUGGAACAUUUGAUAUAUCGAUUCUGGAGAUAUCCAAUGGUGUUUUUGAGGUGAAAGGAACAAAUGGUGACACAUUCUUGGGAGGAGAGGAUUUUGACAAUGCUCUGUUGGACUUCCUGGUGAAUGAGUUCAAGAGAACCGAGGGAAUUGAUCUCUCUAAGGAUAGACUUGCUCUGCAGAGGCUUCGCGAAGCUGCUGAAAAAGCUAAGAUCGAGGUCUCAUCAACAAGCCAGACUGAAAUUAACUUGCCUUUUAUCACAGCUGAUGCUUCAGGGGCUAAACACUUGAAUAUUGCACUAACUAGAUCGAAAUUUGAGAGUCUGGUAAAUCCCUUGAUUGAGAGGACUAAGGAUCCAUGUAAAAACUGUUUGAAGGAUGCAGGCAUUUCCACUAAGGAUAUUGACGAAGUUCUGCUUGUUGGAGGUAUGACUCGUGUUCCCAAAAUACAAGAAGUAGUUGCAGGAAUAUUUGGAAAGAACCCAAGCAAAGGGGUGAACCCCGAUGAAGCUGUUGCUCUGGGAGCUGCAAUUCAGGGCGGUAUUUUACGAGGAGAUGUCAAAGAAUUGCUCCUCCUUGAUGUGACUCCUUUGUCACUCGGUAUCGAAACACUUGGUGGUAUUUUCACACGUUUGAUCAACAGGAAUACAACUAUUCCCUCCAAGAAAAGUCAGGUGUUCUCAACAGCAGCUGACAAUCAGACCCAGGUGGGUAUCAAGGUUCUUCAAGGAGAACGUGAGAUGGCAUCUGACAACAAGCUUCUUGGGGAAUUCGAGCUCGUGGGAAUCCCACCAGCUCCUCGAGGCAUGCCCCAGAUUGAAGUUACAUUUGACAUUGAUGCUAAUGGAAUCGUCACUGUCUCUGCAAAGGAUAAAGCUACUGGUAAGGAGCAACAGAUCACUAUCCGUUCCUCUGGAGGACUCUCAGAACAUGAAAUCGAGAAGAUGGUCAAAGAGGCUGAAAUGCAUGCCCAGAAGGAUAAAGAAAGAAAGGCUUUAAUUGAUAUCAGAAAUACAGCAGACACGACUAUCUACAGCGUAGAGAAGAGCUUGGGCGAGUAUAGGGAUAAGAUACCCAGCGAAGUUGCACGGGAGAUAGAGGAUGCAAUUGCAGACUUGAGGAAAGCAGUGGGUGGAGACAAUGUAGACGAGAUUAAAGCGAAGAUCGAUGCUGCCAAUAGUGCGGUGUCAAAGAUUGGACAGCACAUGGCUGGCGGUUCAGGUGGUGGUGGUUCUACCUCUGGCUCUGGCGGCUCUCAGGGCGGUGACCAGGCACCCGAAGUCGAGUAUGAAGAGGUGAAGAAGUAAUACAUGAGGUGCGCCAUCUCCGGUAUAGUCUCUGAGAUGAUUAGCGUCUCCCGGUGGGGUUUUGGUUUUAGUAUAACGGUCUUCUAGAUCACACGGUUCUUUGUAAAUAUUGGAGCAUGGAUCUUUAGGGGUCUUGUCAAUGUUAUAGUUCCACUUCUUAAUAUGUAGGUGGGAAUGAUAAUGAUAUCGUGUUCCUAGAGUUUUUUUAGC